UUUCCGUCUUCCGCCCUGAUGGACAGCCAUUGGGCCCAAUAGCCGCUUGCUAUCCGCUUAGGCUCCGAACUCAGAGUAGCGUCCAGGCCACUGGGAGGCGCAGGUUGGGAAGGACAGAGUUGGCCCCGCCUCCAGGCCGCAGCAGGAGCCAAUGGGCAGUGCUCGCGGGGGACGUGUGCGGGCGUCUCCGCCAUCUUGUGAGUCUAUAACUCGCAGCCGUUGGGUUGGUUCCUGCUAUUCCUGCGCCUCCACUCCGUCCCCCUCGGGUCUGCUCGGUGUGCCAUGGACGGCAUCGUCCCAGACAUAGCAGUUGGUACAAAGCGGGGAUCUGACGAACUCUUCUCCACGUGCGUUAGCAACGGCCCCUUCAUCAUGAGUGGCAGCACGGCCUCAGCAGCCAAUGGAAAUGACAGCAAGAAGUUCAAAGGGGACAGCAGGAGUGCGGGUGUCCCCUCCAGAGUCAUCCACGUGCGCAAGCUGCCUAGCGAUGUGACGGAGGGCGAGGUCAUCUCCCUGGGGCUGCCUUUUGGGAAGGUGACUAACCUGCUCAUGCUGAAGGGCAAGAACCAGGCCUUCAUCGAGAUGGGCACAGAGGAGGCGGCCAACACCAUGGUCAGCUACUACGCUUCAGUGGCUCCUGUGCUGCGCGGCCAGCCCAUCUACAUCCAGUUCUCCAACCACAAGGAGCUCAAGACCGACAGCUCCCCGAACCAGGCGCGUGCCCAGGCGGCUCUGCAGGCCGUGAACUCAGUACAGUCGGGAAAUCUGGCCUUGGCUGCCUCCGCCGCGGCUGUGGAUGCUGGGAUGGCAAUGGCGGGCCAGAGCCCUGUGCUCAGGAUCAUUGUGGAGAACCUCUUCUACCCUGUGACCCUGGAUGUGCUGCACCAGAUCUUCUCCAAGUUUGGCACUGUGCUCAAGAUCAUCACCUUUACCAAGAAUAACCAGUUCCAGGCAUUGCUGCAGUACGCCGACCCUGUGAGCGCCCAGCAUGCCAAGCUGUCUCUGGAUGGGCAGAACAUCUAUAAUGCCUGCUGCACCCUGCGCAUUGACUUCUCGAAGCUCACCAGCCUCAAUGUCAAGUACAACAAUGAUAAGAGCCGUGAUUACACACGCCCGGACCUGCCCUCUGGGGACAGCCAGCCCUCAUUGGACCAGACCAUGGCCGCAGCCUUUGGUGCGCCCGGCAUAAUGUCAGCCUCUCCGUAUGCAGGAGCCGGCUUCCCUCCCACCUUUGCCAUCCCUCAGGCCGCAGGCCUUUCUGUCCCUAACGUCCAUGGAGCACUGGCCCCCCUGGCCAUACCAUCCGCAGCAGCAGCUGCUGCAGCAGGCCGCAUUGCCAUCCCAGGCCUGGCAGGAGCCGGGAACUCUGUCCUGUUGGUCAGCAACCUGAACCCCGAGAGAGUCACACCCCAAAGCCUCUUUAUUCUCUUCGGUGUCUAUGGUGAUGUGCAGCGGGUGAAGAUCCUGUUCAACAAGAAAGAGAAUGCACUAGUGCAGAUGGCAGAUGGCAGCCAGGCGCAGCUGGCCAUGAGCCACCUGAAUGGCCACAAACUACAUGGGAAGCCGGUGCGCAUCACGCUGUCCAAGCACCAGAGUGUGCAGCUGCCACGGGAGGGCCAGGAGGACCAGGGCCUGACGAAGGACUACGGCAGCUCCCCUCUGCACCGCUUCAAGAAGCCUGGCUCCAAGAACUUCCAGAACAUCUUCCCGCCCUCAGCUACCCUGCACCUCUCCAACAUUCCACCUUCUGUGUCUGAGGAUGAUCUGAAGAACCUCUUCUCCAGCAAUGGAGGUGUCGUCAAAGGUUUCAAGUUCUUCCAAAAAGACCGCAAGAUGGCACUGAUCCAGAUGGGCUCCGUGGAGGAGGCAGUGCAAGCACUGAUUGAGCUACACAACCACGACCUGGGCGAGAACCACCACCUGCGCGUGUCCUUCUCUAAGUCUACCAUCUAGACCGCACUCCAUGAUGCCACCAUAACCGCAGCUGAAGUGACCUUACGCACCAGAGAUUUUAUUUUUUUAAAGAGAGAUCGGUUUACCUGUUUUUAAAAAAAUUAAAUCUAGCCCACCUCGCCAUGGCGACAGCUUGGGCCAUCGUGGCCCAAUGGGCCGGUGCCGUGCCUUGAGGGGCCCAGGCGUGAGGCCGCGGCGCCCCAGAACGCCGCCUUCAGUGCCUUACCGACAGCCUGCUGCGGCCGCCCCACCCCAAAAUCAAGUGACGUGAUUCUCCUUCCGGCCGCGCUCAGCUGCAGCCUUCGUAUUAGACCUGUGCGGUCAGACGCCCGCCUAGAGGUUUCCAGUUGACCAAAUAUCCUAAUCUUUCCAUUUAUAUGCAAGAGAUAUAGUUUUAAGUAACUUUUUAUAGCUGAUGAUGGUCUGCGUGUACUUUAAGCUUCGUGUCCCCCACGCGUCCCUCCUUCCUUCACCUUGACCAGGCCACGGGGAUCCUGCCCCCACCUGGAGGCAGCUCUGAACCUUGAGGGGCUCCACCUCCAAAUUUUGGACCAAAGUUUUGUUUCUUCCACCUCUGACCUGGGUGCAGGUGGUGAGUUGACCCAUGGCUAAGGGCCCCCACCUCACUCAGCCUGUCCCAGCCACCAUGACUUGUGGCCAGAGUGUAAAUAUUUAUGAUUUUUUUUAUACCUGUGGGGUGGAGGAGGUGCAGCGCAGUUUUUUAUGGUGACAGAUGUAUAUUUUGGUAAUUACAGGCUCAGUAUUGUCCAGGGCCAUCCCUGGUCAGACAUUCCACCCCAUUCCCCAGGUGCCCCUCCGGGCGGGGCUCCACAAAGCUGUUUCUGCCCUGUGCUCCCCGCCCCCUCAGGUGUUGAGGCUCCGGCAGGGCUGGGCCUGGACUCAAUAAACGCCUGUGUCUUGUG